AGCUAUCUCCUGAACAUCAGCUGGAGAUGAUUCUUGCGCACAAGAAAGGGCUAUAAGACGAGAGGGCAGAAGCUGCAAAUCAUCUCUCCCUUGCGCUCUUCCCCUGGCAUCAUCAUCAUCUAAAGAACAAAGGAAGCACUAUUGGACGAGGGGAGACAUCCUGACUGAAAGAGAUUCAGCCAGUAAGACUGCUGGAACAUGGGGACAAUACAUCUAUUCCGCAAAUCACAAAGAACAAUAGCUAGCAAGUUAACACAGGAAUUUAGGUUGGUAGCAGCUGACCGAAGGUCCUGGAAGAUCUUGCUGUUUGGUGCAAUUAAUUUAAUAUGCACCGGUUUCCUGCUUAUGUGGUGCAGCUCUACUAACAGUAUAGCUUUAACUGCCUAUACUUACCUGACCAUCUUUAAUCUUUUCAGUUUGAUAACAUGCCUAAUAAGCUACUGGGUAAUGAUGAAGAAGCCCAGCCCAGCCUAUUCAUUUGGGUUUGAGAGAUUUGAAGUACUAGCAGUAUUUGCUUCCACAGUUCUGGCACAACUUGGAGCUCUUUUCAUACUAAAAGAAAGUACAGAACGGUUUCUGGAACAACCUGAGAUACACACGGGACGAUUGUUGGUUGGUACUUUCGUGGCUCUCUUUUUCAACUUGUUUACAAUGCUUUCCAUUCGGAAUAAGCCUUUUGCUUAUGUGUCUGAAGCUGCUAGUACGAGUUGGCUUCAGGAGCAUGUUGCAGAUCUUAGCAGAAGUCUGUGUGGAAUCAUUCCAGGGUUGAGCAGCAUCUUCCUUCCACGAAUGAAUCCUUUUGUCUUGAUUGAUCUUGCUGGUGCUUUUGCUCUUUGCAUUACAUAUAUGUUAAUUGAAAUUAACAAUUAUUUUGCUGUAGAUACAGCCUCUGCGAUAGCUAUUGCUUUGAUGACUUUUGGUACCAUGUAUCCUAUGAGUGUCUACAGUGGAAAAGUACUACUUCAGACAACCCCACCACAUGUGAUUGGUCAGCUAGAUAAACUUAUUAGAGAGGUUUCCACUUUGGAUGGUGUCUUGGAGGUUCGAAAUGAGCAUUUCUGGACAUUGGGCUUUGGUACUUUGGCUGGAUCAGUACAUGUACGAAUUCGAAGAGAUGCUAAUGAACAAAUGGUACUUGCUCAUGUGACUAAUCGACUGUAUACUCUAGUCUCUACUUUGACUGUUCAGAUUUUCAAAGAUGAUUGGAUCAGACCUGCCUUAACAUCUGGGCCUAUUGCAAACAAUAUGUUGAAUCUUUCAGAUCAUCAUAUUAUUCCAAUGCCACAUUUAAAGGCUACUGAUAAUUUGAACCCUGUUACAUCCACUCCAGCUAAACCUAGCAGCCCACCUCCAGAAUUUUCUUUUAACACACCGGGCAAAAAUAUGAACCCAGUUAUCCUUUUAAACACUCAGACAAGACCCUAUGGAUUGGGCCUUAAUCAUGGAUCUGUACCUUACAGCAGUGUAUUCAAUCAAGGACUUGGAAUUCCAGGGAUGGGAGCAACUCAAGGAUUCAGGACUGGUUUUACAAAUGUCCCAAGCAGAUAUGGAACUAGCACUCGAGGUCAACCCCAGCCAUAAUAAACUCUAUUAUGCGUUAUUUAUUGUACAUAAGGGUAUUGAUUUAAUUUUUUUUAUUGCCCAGUUUUUGUAAACCAUUAGACCAUUCUAAAUUACUGGGAUCAAUUGUAUUGUUUAUAUUCAUUAAACAGUUAAUUGCA